GCCGCCGCCGCUGCUCCCGCUCCGCGCACAAUGGCGACUCCCAGCCCCAGCGGCGGCUCCGGGGGGAGCGGGAGCGGGCCCGGCCCGGGCGCCGCCGGCAGCAGCAGCAGCAGCAGCAUGCAGGGUAAACGCAAAGCGCUGAAGUUAAAUUUUGCAAAUCCACCUUUCAAGUCCACAGCAAGAUUUACUCUAAAUACUUCUGGAGUUCCUUUCCAAAAUCCACACAUAGAGAGACUGAGAACACACAGCAUUGAAUCAUCAGGAAAAUUGAAGAUUUCCCCUGAGCAACAUUGGGAUUUUACAGCAGAGGACUUGAAAGACCUUGGAGAAAUUGGACGAGGCGCUUAUGGUUCUGUCAACAAAAUGGUCCACAAACCAAGUGGGCAAAUUAUGGCAGUUAAAAGAAUUCGGUCGACAGUGGAUGAGAAGGAGCAGAAGCAGCUUCUGAUGGACCUUGAUGUGGUGAUGAGAAGCAGUGACUGCCCUUACAUUGUUCAGUUUUAUGGCGCACUCUUCAGAGAGGGUGACUGUUGGAUCUGUAUGGAGCUCAUGUCUACCUCGUUUGAUAAGUUUUACAAAUAUGUAUAUAGUGUAUUAGAUGAUGUUAUUCCAGAAGAAAUUUUAGGCAAAAUCACUUUAGCUACUGUGAAAGCACUAAACCACUUAAAAGAAAACUUGAAAAUCAUUCACAGAGACAUCAAACCUUCCAAUAUUCUUCUGGACAGAAAUGGGAAUAUUAAACUCUGUGACUUUGGCAUUAGCGGACAGCUCGUGGACUCCAUUGCCAAAACGCGGGAUGCGGGAUGCCGGCCGUACAUGGCGCCGGAGCGGAUAGAUCCCAGCGCCUCGCGGCAAGGCUACGACGUGCGCUCCGACGUCUGGAGCUUGGGCAUCACACUGUACGAGCUGGCCACGGGGCGAUUCCCCUACCCCAAGUGGAACAGUGUGUUUGACCAGUUGACACAAGUAGUGAAAGGAGACCCACCACAGCUGAGUAACUCAGAGGAAAGGGAGUUUUCCCCAAGCUUCAUCAACUUCGUCAACUUGUGCCUUACAAAGGACGAGUCCAAAAGGCCAAAGUACAAAGAGCUUCUGAAACAUCCCUUCAUCCUGAUGUAUGAGGAACGCACAGUGGAUGUUGCAUGCUAUGUUUGUAAAAUCCUGGAUCAAAUGCCAGCAACUCCCAGCUCUCCAAUGUACGUGGAUUGAUACUGCUGCUACAUCAAACUCUAGAAAAAGGGCUGAGAGAAAACAAGCUGUAAAGAAUUUUCAUCACAUAUUGCAGUGUUUUUAAUGCUCGCCCAGACACCAUGUGCAAUAAUAUUGGUGUUAUUUCCAUCCUGUCUGUAUACUGUUGUCACAUAUAAAGUGCAUCCCUGUAAUACCUGAUCACACAGUGUUAGUGUUGGUCACAGAGAGACCUCAUCUUGCUCUUUUGUGGACAUAUUCAUGAAAUGUGGAAAUAAGUACAUAUAUUUGUUGACUGUGAUUGGAUAGCACCUAAAAUUCAUUUCUAGACUCAAAACUUGGAGACUCCUCAGCAGCUACUGGAAAGAUUUUUCUCUCAAACUCUUCCGAUUGUUGUUUCAAGUAAUAAUAAAAAGCAAACAAACAAAAGUUAGGCGUUGUCUGUCUGAACAUUAAGAGACUUUGCCUGGAGGGAGAAGAACUUGCUUAACCAACGAGAUACUUUGCCUUCUGGAGCUGGAAAGGCAAAGGAGAAUUUUAUUCUUCACAAAGUGCAAUAGAUUUACUGCUAUGAAAUUCUGUUGCUUUACAGUCGCAGUGUACUUUCUGGGGACAGUGUGCUCAGCUGAACUUCCUGUUAAAGAGAGAUCAUGUUAAAUAUAGUGAAUAUGUCUUUACCAAAAAUAUGUUGCGUUGAAAGAGGCUAACAUUAAACUAUUGAGAUGGGACAUAAUGUAUUCUUCCUCCUUUUACCAAGCCAGCCACUCUUCACUCUUAACUAGGUGUCCUGUAAAUUGUUACCUGGUAAGAUAAGACCUUUGACCUGAAGAAUUAUUAAACUACUUGAUUGAAUUUAA